AUGAGAAAUUUCGUUCCUCGCGUCCUUCCGGGUCGGUCUCCCGAAUACAAAGCCCUCAUGGCCCGCCUCCGCCGCGAGGAGGAAGCCCGCGCCUACGAACGCAUGCUCAACCCCACACCCACCCUCGAGACCUUUCGCAGCGCUUUCCCAACGCCCGUAGCAGCGGCUUUUGCCGAAGUCAACAAGCAACUAAUGCUGGUGUUCAACUUCCUCGUUAGCAUCGUGGGCGUGGCGGCGACGAUAUGGAUCGCGGCGCGCUGGUGGAGCGUCACGGCGCGGGUACUCGUGACGUUGGCCGGUGCGUUGAUCGUCGCCGUGGCAGAGGUGGCCGUGUACUCGAGCUACAUGUGGAGGAUGGAGCAAGGGGCCGGCAAGGAGGUCAAAGUGCAAGAGGUCAGGGAGGUGGUGAAUACUUGGGUUUUAGGCAAGGAUGGGGAGGGGGAUGGGGAUGGCGGGGGACAAGAAGAAUCCGGAGCGGGCGAGGCGAAGCUGGUUGGGAAGGAGACGGUGAUAGAGGAGACGAAUGUGCGGAGACGGAACAAGCCCAAAUCAUGA